AUGAACACAACGAGUAGAAACUUGUUUGGUUUUAAAACUUAUAAUUAUAAUCUUUUAUAUGCAAUUUUAUGAGUGAAUAAUUCACUGAGGGGCUAUCAUGGUUGACAUUAACAAAUAUUUAGAGAGACAGCUAGAACUUGCAAAACAGAGAGUUGUAAAUAAAAAUAAAAAGGAUAAUAUUUCGCAAAAAAGUAAAGCCGCUGCUGAAGUUAUAUCUAAGAGGCAAUCAAAACAGUUUUCAAAACAGCCUACUAUUAAAGAAUCAGAGAAGCAUGUACCAGAGCCAGUGCCGACAACUUCGAGAGAGAGAAAAACAACGGUUUCUACAGAAAAUGAAUCCGAUGAGGAUUAUCUACCUUCCGAAGAAGAUGCUGAUGACGAAAUCAUUACCACAACAGUUGGAGGACCAUCUACCUCAUUUGUCUCACGAAAUAAAAAGAACCUCAAGAGAAUUGUGGAUGAUGGAGACUCAGUUUUUUACAAUGAGAGAAUAGAAACAUGGAAGAAAAACUUGGCGGCUGCUAAAUUAGGAAAUUAUGAGGGUGAUACUAUGACAGCUGAUGUACAAUAUGUGUUAGAAGGUAACAAGGAUCCAGAAGAACCUCAUGAAUUACAGAAUGGCCUUUGUGUACCUAACUACAUCUGGAGACAGUUGUACAAGUUCCAGAAAAUUGGUGUCAAAUGGUUGUGGGAACUCCAUCAGGUAGAUUCAGGAGGAUUGCUUGGUGAUGAAAUGGGUUUAGGUAAGACUAUACAGAUUAUUGCAUUUUUAGCAGGCUUGUCAAAAAGUGACCUUGGAUCUUGGGGAGGAUUGGGCCCUACUAUAAUUGUAGCCCCAGCAACAGUGAUUUACCAGUGGGUUUCCCAUUUUCACUUUUGGUGUCCACAUUUAAGAGUAGUUGUCCUUCAUCAUACUGGUUCUCAUGUGGGUAAUCAUAACCAACUGAUCCGAGAUCUACAUACAGCACAUGGAAUCCUUUUAGUGACAUAUGCUGGCAUAGUGAAAUACACUCAAGAUCUGACUGCCCGUAAAUGGCAUUAUAUUAUUUUAGAUGAGGGUCAUAAAAUUCGGAAUCCUGACACACAAGUCAGUAAGUUAGUUAAGAAGUUUCAAACUCCUCAUAAGAUACUUAUAACAGGUUCUCCCAUGCAGAACAGUUUACAAGAGCUGUGGUCUUUGUUUGACUUUAUGAGACCUGGACUUUUGGGCACUUAUACUGUUUUUAUGGACCAUUUUGCUACUCCAAUCACACAGGGAGGAUAUGCUAAUGCUACAGAAUAUCAGGAAGCUACUGCACUAGAAAUUGCAAAGGCCUUAAAGACAAUUAUCACACCAUACAUGCUGAGAAGAACAAAAGCUGAGGUUCAAAGUCAUAUAAAACUUCCUGAGAAGAAUGAACAGGUUUUAUUCUGUGCAUUAACUCAAGAACAGAAGGAUCUCUAUAUGGGAUACCUCACUGGUAGCACUGUAAGAAGCAUCUUAGAUAAAGACAAUAAAUAUGGAGACCCUUUAAGAGCCAGGAUAUUAGUUGCUUUAUGUACUUUGAGGAAAAUUUGUAAUCACCCUGACUUGUAUCUUUAUGAGGCACAUGAAGAAUGUGAUGAAAUUGAUCAAGAAAGAUUCGGUAACUAUAAGAGAUCUGGAAAAAUGACUGUAGUCAAUUCUUUACUCAAGAUUUGGCAGAAACAAGGUCACAGAGCUUUAAUAUUUUCUCAAUCUAGAGGUAUGCUUUGCUUAUUAGAGCAAUAUUUACAAGUUCAACAAUUUAAAUAUUUGCGUAUGGAUGGCUCGGUGAAUGUUGGACAGAGACAGAAUAUGAUCAAAACAUUUAAUGAAAACCCUGAAUAUUUAGUGUUUCUGGCUACAACUAGAGUUGGGGGCUUAGGUGUUAACUUGACUGGAGCUGACAGAGUUAUAAUUUAUGAUCCUGACUGGAAUCCAGCCACUGAUGACCAAGCAAAAGAAAGAGCUUGGAGAAUAGGCCAGAAUAGAAAUGUUACAGUUUACAGAUUAUUAUCUGCUGGUACUAUUGAGGAAAAAAUAUAUCAGAGACAGAUUUUCAAACACUUUCUGAGUAAUAAGAUAUUAAUCGAUCCUAAUCAGAAGAAUGUGUUAACUACUAGUACUCUUCAAGGCUUGUUUACUCUUGAAGAACUAAACUGCGAAGGAGAUACUGAAACUGCAUCUCUUUUUAAACACACCAAAGUCAAUGUUGAUCAUAAUGCAAAAAGUAAGAAGAACAAUAAUGAAGAGGCUAGUGGAAGUAUUUCAAGUUCCAAGAAAAAAUUAGAAGCCAUGAAAAGGUUGGCAAGAGAAAUUAGUAAAAAGAUUUCAAAAGAAAAACAGCUAACCGAAGAUAAAAAAGAAGAAAAGGAUCCUAGAGAAGAGUAUAAAAAGAAACGAGAGCUGCUAUUAAACCCGCCUAAAGUAGAAGUACCUGAAAUAAAUUUAGUUGAUGAUCAAGUUACUGAUGUACCAUUUGAUCAUGUAUUAUCUGAAUUAGAUAUCGUGAACAUGCACGCGAAAAAGGAUUAUGAAGAAAAUCUAUUGAAACAUGUUUUGAAAAACCAAGAAAAUGCUGAAGAUGAUGAUCACGGUGAUAAAGAGAUUCCUGAAAAUGAAACAUGUGAUGGUCAAGCACAAGAAAAUAUAUCCAAAGAACAAUCUGUGAAAGAAAAAUCACCAGAGCGUGAUAAAACUAGUAUUUAUCAAGAAGUUGAUAAAACACGCAAAAGAAAACAUUCCCCAGACCCAGAAAUAAGCGUUGAAAAUCUGGUGGCAGUUAAAAAGGUUAAAAAGAAAAAGAAUAAAAAAGAAAAGGAGAAACAAACUGAUGACGAUGAUUACGUACUGAGUAAACUUUUUGCUAAAGCCAAUGUAAAGAGUGCAUUACAACAUGAUGUUGUGGUUGGCUUAGCUGAAAAAGAGAAACGGCAUAAGAUCAAAGAGGAUGCAGUAAAGAAAGCAAAAGAUGCAGUCAGAGCUAUUAGAUUUUCUUCCAAAUGAAUCACAUCCAUG